ACGACGGGAAGGUGGCCUGGGAGGCAUAUGUUGCCCAGUUGGAGAUGCUAGCGUCUGCCCAGGGCUGGAGCGAGGCUGAGAAGGCACUCCAGUUGCCAGCAUCGCUACAGGGCUCAGCUGUGGAAGUUUUGGGGUACCUGCCGCCGCCACAAUGCGCUUCUUACGUGAGAGUGGCAGAGUCCCUGCAGCGCCGCUUCGGGCACCACCACCAGGCCGAGGUGUACCGAGCUCGCCUGAUGAAGCGGACUCGAGAGCGGGGCGUGACGUUGUCGCAGCUGGCGCAGGACGUGGAGGCGCUAGUAAGAACAUCGUAUCCCGCGGCCCCGGAAGAGAUGAUCGUGGUACUGGCCCGCGAUUUCUUUGCUGACGCCGUGCAGGACCAGCAGCUGCAGAUUUACAUCAAGCAAGCGCACCCUGGGGACCUGCAGAUGGCGCUGGCGAGGGCCUUGGAGUUCGAGGCCUUCCUGGAGACAACCAGCUGCCUAAGGGCGGCCGCCCAGCCCCGCCGUGACCUCCGGGGCCGGAAGACGAAGGUGGAGAAGAAGGCAGCGUCGAGGAAGGCGAGCCCGGACGGUUUUCAUGGCUCGUGUUGGGGCUGUGGCGAGAAAGGGCACAGACGCAGUCGGUGUCCGAGGGAGCGAAGGACACAUUCUCUUGACCGGCUGGGUUCUGAUACGUUUCAGCUUCCUGCAAGGACCGUGGCAAUGCUGGCCACCGCUCGAGCGCCUGCCCCAAGCCAAACGACGUGGUGCCGGCAGGAAACUCGGACAGGCUGGAGAAGGGGGCCGAAUACCAGCCGUCCUCAGUCCCCGGGCCCCGACCUGCGUAAGCUGCCGGCGGACAACCAGCACGUGGAGGGCUCAGUAAACGGGAAGCCAUGCCGCCCGACAGUGGACACCGGGGUGAGAAGACCUUGGUGCGGCCUGACAUACUGGUCGCGAGACAACUCCCAGACGCGCCACAGAGGCUGUGCGGCGUCACGGGGCACUGUGUGCAGCUUAAGGGGCCAGUGGAGGUUCGUAUCGGCGUGGGCACCGCGGUGGAACGGCUGCCGGUGUACGUCGCCGACCUGGACGAGCCGUGUUUGCUGGGCUUCGACUACCUGACGC